UGUUGGAAGGAGGGGAGUGGGGGAGAGGAGGAAGGGCUGUCCCUGCUCCUGCAAGGGCGGGAUCUUUUCUCCUGCUUGAUCUAUGGAGCCCGCCCCCUUAAAUUGACUCCCGGGAGCGCCCCGUCCACCAGCCCGACGGGGGGAGAAGCGGAAAGCGAGGGAGAGCAGGCAAGGCAGGCGGGCGGGCGGGCGGCUCCCCCGUCCCGGCCCGUCGGUCCCGACCCCGGCCCGUCCGCCCCCGCGCACCAUGCGCGGCCCCGGCGCCCCGCGCCCCGCCGGCCCGCCCGCCCCUAACACCGCCCGGCUCCGGCGCCUUCCCCCGGCAGCGCUCCGGGGGCGGGGAGGGGGGAGAGAGGGGCGAAAGGAAGGGGAAAAAGAAGAAGACGACGAAGAAGAAGAAAAAGAGGGAAAGGGAGGAAGAAGAAGGAGGAGGAGGAGAAGCGGAGCGCGGGGAAGGCUGCUCCUCCGAGGACAGCGCGCAGCACCAUGCAGCUGGCGCCGCUGGCGCUGGCACUCACCACGCUCUUCAUCGACGGCUUGAGGACAGGAGCGAGGAGGCAGAAGCUGCACCCCAGGCAAGCCCAGCUGCUGGAGAAGCUCAGCGAGUACGAGAUCGUGACUCCUACCCGGGUGAAUGAGUUCGGCGAGCCCUUCCCCACCGAUGUCCACUUCAGGCGGCGCCGGCGGAGCACCAGCGCUGCCCCCGACGCCUGGACGGCGGCCGCCGCCGCCUCCCCCAAGGCGCACUACAGGCUGUCCGCCUUCGGGCAGCAGUUCCUCUUCAACCUGACGGCCAGCUCGGCCUUCAUCGCCCCGCUCUUCACCGUCAGCCUCCUGGGAGAGCCCGCCGCCGAGCAGCGGCGCCUGUACGCCGAGGCGGCCGACGCCGACGUGAAGCACUGCUUCUACCGGGGGCACGUCAAUGCCCGCCCGCGGCUCACCGCCGUCAUCAGCCUCUGCUCCGGGAUGCUAGGCACAUUCAAGUCUGAUGAUGGGGACUAUUUUGUAGAGCCGCUGCUAUCACUUGAAGAACAGGAGUAUGAAGAAGAGCACAAUAAACCACACCUUGUCUACCGACACCGGACACCUCCAACCAACUCUUCAGGGGACAGGCAGACUUGCGAUACUCCAGAUCAUGAGCACAGUCACAAAAAGAACAAGCGGAAACACUGGAGAAGGCAGUGGGCAGAAAGCAGCAUAUUAUCUGACGUGGAGAUGUUGAAACACAGCCUGGAAGUGAAUUCUUUUUCUGGCGACAGCAACAAGACUGGGACCGUCGGUGACAAGAAGAGCCACAAGCGAACGAAGCGGUUUCUCUCCUACCCGCGGUUUGUGGAGGUGAUGGUGGUGGCUGACAGCAGGAUGGUCGCCUACCAUGGGGCCAACCUCCAGCACUACGUCUUAACACUGAUGUCAAUAGUGGCUUCUAUCUACAAAGAUCCAAGCAUUGGAAAUUUAAUUAAUAUUGUUAUUGUGAAAUUGGUCGUGAUACAUAAUGAGCAGGAUGGUCCUGCAAUAUCUUACAAUGCCCAGACUACAUUAAAAAACUUCUGCCAGUGGCAGCAAUCCCAGAACCACCCAGAAGGAAGUCACCUUCGACAUGAUACAGCUGUGCUUGUUACCAGACAGGAUAUUUGUAGAGCGCACAACAAAUGUGAUACUCUGGGUCUGGCAGAGCUGGGCACGGUCUGUGACCCAUACAGGAGCUGUUCAAUUAGUGAAGAUAACGGACUGAGCACUGCUUUCACAAUAGCACAUGAACUUGGCCAUGUUUUUAACAUGCCACACGACGACAAUCAUAAGUGCAAGGAAGAUGGGGGUAAAAAUCAACAGCACGUCAUGGCGCCAACACUGAAUUUCUACACCAAUCCCUGGAUGUGGUCAAAAUGCAGUAGGAAAUACAUCACUGAAUUUCUGGACACUGGUUAUGGGGAGUGUUUGCUUGAUGAACCUUCAUCAAGAACUUACACGUUGCCUCAGCAGCUCCCGGGGCUGAUUUAUGAUGUCAACAAGCAAUGUGAGUUAAUUUUUGGACCCGGAUCUCAAGUGUGCCCCUAUAUGCAGAUGCAGUGUCGACGACUUUGGUGUAUCAACGUCGAUGGUGCUCACAAGGGAUGUCGAACCCAACACACACCUUGGGCUGAUGGGACAGAAUGUGAGCCUGGAAAGCACUGCAGGUUUGGGAUGUGUGUGCCCAAAGAGCGAGAGGCACCGGUGAUAGACGGAGCGUGGGGGACAUGGAGCCCUUUUGGGACCUGCUCGAGGACCUGCGGUGGCGGCAUAAAGACGGCGAUACGGGAAUGCAACAGGCCCGAGCCCAAAAAUGGUGGGAAGUACUGUGUGGGUCGCCGCAUGAAGUUCAAAUCCUGCAACACCGAACCGUGCUCAAAGCUGAAGAAGGAUUUCCGGGACGAGCAGUGUGCUGACUUCGAUGGGAAGCACUUCAACAUCAACGGGCUGCCCACGAACGUGCGCUGGGUUCCCAAAUACAGCGGCAUCCUGAUGAAGGAUCGGUGCAAGUUGUUCUGCCGGGUGGCGGGGAACACGGCGUAUUACCAGCUGCGGGACCGCGUCAUCGACGGGACGCCCUGCGGCCCCGACACCAACGACAUCUGCGUGCAGGGCCUCUGCCGGCAAGCUGGAUGUGAUCAUGUGCUGAAUUCAAAAGCAAGAAGAGAUAAAUGUGGCGUUUGUGGUGGGGAUAAUUCUUCAUGUAAAACUGUUGCAGGCACAUUUAACACGGUGCAUUAUGGCUAUAACGUUGUGGUUCGCAUCCCAGCUGGUGCAACUAAUAUUGAUGUGCGUCAGCACAGUUACUCAGGGAAACCAGAGGAUGACAACUACCUGGCCUUAUCUAACAGUCAAGGAGACUUUAUAUUAAAUGGAGACUUUGUCGUCAGUAUGUUUAAAAGGGAAAUCAAAGUUGGGAAUGCUGUGAUCGAAUACAGUGGAUCGGAUAAUACUGUUGAAAGGAUUAAUUCUACAGAUCGGAUUGAGCAAGAAAUAACGCUCCAGGUUUUAUCAGUUGGCAAUUUGUACAAUCCUGACGUUCGUUACACAUUUAAUAUCCCCAUUGAGGACAAACCUCAGCAGUUUUACUGGAACGAGCAUGGCCCGUGGCAGUCCUGCAGUAAGCUCUGCCAAGGAGAAAGAAAAAGGAAACCUGUGUGUAAGAGAGAGUCAGAUCAGCUCACGGUGUCAGACCAGCGAUGCGAUCGAAUUCCACAGCCUGAUCCCGCCACCGAGCCUUGUAACACAGAAUGUGAAUUAAGGUGGCACAUCGCGAGGAAGAGCGAGUGCACGGCGCAGUGCGGGCUGGGCUACCGCGUCCUGGAGAUCUACUGCUCCAAGUACAGCAGGCUGGAGGGCAAGAUAGAGAAGGUGGACGACCGCUUCUGCAGCAGCCAGCCCAAGCCCAGCACGAGGGAGAAGUGCACUGGAGACUGUAACGUGGGAGGGUGGCGGUACUCGGCCUGGACAGAGUGCUCCAAGAGCUGCGGCGGGGGCACGCGGCGGCGCCGAGCCAUGUGCGUGAACACCUACAACGACGUCCUGGACGACAGCAAGUGCAGCCAGCAGGAGAAGCUGACGGUGCAGCGGUGCAGCGACUUCUCCUGCCCCCAGUGGAAAACUGGAGACUGGUCCGAGUGCUUGGUCACCUGUGGAAAAGGGCACAAGCACCGCCAGACCUGGUGCCAGUUUGGAGAAGAUCGAUUAAAUGACAGGUUUUGCGAUCCCGAGACGAAGCCGGAGUCGGUGCAGACGUGCCAGCAGCAGGAGUGUGCUUCGUGGCAAGUGGGGCCGUGGGGCCAGUGCACAGUGACUUGUGGCCAAGGCUAUCAGAUGAGAGCAGUGAAGUGUGUUGUGGGCACCUAUGUGUCAGUGGUGGAUGACAACGAGUGUAACGCUGCAACCAGGCCAACAGAUACCCAGGACUGUGAAAUAGCUGUAUGUCCUCCCCAUCCAAAUAGUCCCGAAGCCAAGAGAUCCAUAUCAGGCAUUCACAGGACACAGUGGAGAUUUGGAUCCUGGACACCGUGCUCUGCUACGUGUGGGAAGGGUACCCGGAUGAGAUACGUCAGCUGUCGGGAUGACCAGGGCUCCGUGGCCGAUGAGGCAGCUUGUUUUCACCUUCCAAAGCCAUCAGCUACAGAAAUGUGCACCGUGACACCAUGUGGGCAAUGGAAAGCCUUGGAGUGGAGCUCUUGCUCGGUGACUUGUGGUCAAGGUAAGGCAACGCGACAAGUGAUCUGCGUCAAUUACAGUGACCAGCUGGUGGAUAGGAGUGAGUGUGACCCAGACGACCUCCCUGCCACCGAGCAAGACUGCUCCAUGUCUCCUUGUCAUCCAAACAGCCAUGACUACGGCAGGCCCAUCCACCCUUUCCUCUAUCCGGAUCAUCGCCUGAAGCUGCACCCCGGGGGCAGCCCGAACCGAAACCGAGCUCAUAUACCUGGAGGCAAUCAGUGGAGGAUUGGCCCCUGGGGUGCUUGCUCUAGCACGUGUGCGGGGGGGUUCCAGCGGCGGGUCGUGGUGUGCCAGGAUGAAAACGGAUAUACCGCAAAUAACUGCGAUGAGAAAAGCAAACCCAUGGAGCAGAGAUCGUGCGAAUCUGGCCCCUGUCCUCAGUGGGCUUAUGGCAACUGGGGAGAGUGCACGAAGCCAUGCGGGGGAGGGACAAGAACGCGGCUGGUGGUGUGCCAGCGCCCCAACGGAGAAAGGUUUACGGAUCUGAGCUGUGAAAUCCUUGACAAGCCACCGGACAGAGAGCAGUGCAAUGUGCAGGACUGUCCUAGAGAUGCUGCCUGGAGCGCUGGUCCUUGGAGCUCGUGUUCUGUCUCCUGUGGAAGGGGCCAAAAGCACCGCAGUGUGUACUGUUUGUCAAAGGAAGGGAGACAUGUAGAAGAAGAGUAUUGCAAACACCUUGCUAAGCCCAACGUGCAAAAGAAAUGCAGAGGGGGCAGAUGUCCGAAGUGGAAAGCAGGAGACUGGGGACAGUGCUCCGUGUCCUGUGGCCGGGGUGUCCAGCGCCGCGCCGUGCACUGCCACAGCGGCACCCCGAAGGCAGCCGAGGAUGCCGAGUGUGACCCAGCCAGCCGUCCCCCUCCACAGCGGGACUGUCACCUCCCCGAGUGCCCCACGCACCGCUGGGCAGCUGGCGAGUGGCAGCCGUGCAUGAAGACGUGCGGGGAGACGUCCCGGUACCGCAAGGUGGUCUGUGUGGAUGAGAACAACAAGCAGCUGCAGAACAGCGGCUACUGCGACGCCAGCAAACGCCCCCCCGAAAUGGAGAGCUGUGGGCUGCCACCCUGCGAGUACAUCUGGAUCACGGGGGAGUGGUCAGAGUGCUCCGUCACGUGUGGGAAGGGAUACAGGCAGCGCCUCGUGUCCUGCAGUGAGAUUUACACCGGGAAGGACCACUAUGAGUACGGGUACCAGAACAUGGUCAACUGUCCUGGCACUCAGCCACCCAACAUCCAGCCCUGCUACCUCGGGGAAUGCCCUGUCUCGGCGUCCUGGCGCGUCGGCAACUGGGGAAGCUGCUCUGUCACCUGUGGAGUUGGGGUCAUGCACCGGUCGGUGCAGUGUUUGACGAAUGAUGACCAGGUCAGCAACUUGUGCCAUGUGGAUCUGAAACCUGAGGAGAGGAGGACAUGCCACAAUGUCCAUGACUGUGAACUACCAAGGAGUUGCGAAGACGUUAAAAAUCUCAAAGGUGUCACUGAAGAUGGUGAAUAUUUCCUGCAAGUCAAAGGAAAGACGUUAAAGGUGUAUUGCUCUGGGAUGCAGACUGACAGCCCAAAGGAGUACGUGACCCUUGUAAAUGGGGACGCAGAGAAUUUUUCAGAGGUGUAUGGAUACAGAUUGCAUAACCCGACCGAGUGUCCGUAUAACGGGAGCAGACGAGAAGACUGCCAGUGUAGGAAAGAUUACACAGCAGCUGGGUUUUCCACCUUCAGCAAAGUAAGGCUGGACCUGAACACUAUGCAAAUAAUAACAACUGACUUACAGUUUGCGAGGACUCAUGAUGGACGACCUGUUCCUUAUGCCACUGCUGGGGACUGCUACAGUGCUGCCAAAUGCCCUCAGGGUCGCUUCAGCAUAGACCUUUAUGGGACAGGCCUGUCCCUAAUGGGAACAGCCAAGUGGCUCUCACAAGGGAAUUACGCAGUGUCGGAAAUUCAGAAAUCCCCAGAUGGUACCAAAGUAGUAGGAAGAUGUGGUGGUUACUGUGGGAAGUGCACUCCAUCAUCUGGAACAGGCCUCGACGUUCAGGUGUUAUAGCGAUGGUUCUCUGGGAGCAGCCAGCGGAGAUGAGAUGGAUGAAGGAUAGCGAUGCAAUACCUCUGCCUUCCACUUUUGUAUCUGUUUAUAUGUAUAUAGAUUGCAUAUUCUUAAUGUACAGUAUAAUAUUUAUGUUUGGGAUUAUUUAUUUUGAUUUAAUAUUUUUGUACGUAAAAUCAUUAUAUUAAGGCUGCUUUUACUAUUUUUAUUUUUUAUUGUUAAAUUCUGCAGUCAAACCACUGCAUUUUGUAUACUCUACAUUAUAUGUAGCAUUAUGACAAGUGAUACUUUAUUGUCACUGUAUUCAGUUGUUUACUUUCAAUCAGUAAUUUUCCUUCAGUUAUGGGCUGCUUUGGCCCUCCACGGUGCUACACAAUCUGCAUAGGGGUAUUUUUGGCAUUUCAAUCUGUCUUUAUGUAAGGAAAAUAGACGAGAUGUGCUUAAAUUUUAUUUUUAGGGAUUAGGCUGACAGCACUCAAGGAAAACAUGACAAUGAAUACAGUGCUAGUUGCAUUAGCAAUCUUUAUCUUUUAGGUAUGUUUUGAAUUUCACAUGACCUCUGUGGCCGGUGCUAAAAGCACUGGUUUGGUGCUAACAUGAUAUUUAUUAACGCUCUGUAGUUUUAGUUAAUCCAGUGCCUUUAUCAGUGAAAAAGGGGAUGAAGCAGAAAAAUUGUCAGGCGAUUCAAAUCCGUUAAGAUCUACCCCAGGUUUAGGAAGAUUCCUGCAGAUGGAUCUUCAGCUCAAGCCCCUUUUCCUGUAGGGCUCUGAAGUGAACUCACUUUUUAAAAAAAACAUCUUUGUCUCCUAAUUGCAUGUGCCACUGUGCUUCCUGGCUCCAUCUGGAAGCGGGGUAUUAACUCAUCCCAGACAGGCUGAUCAGGCCAUAUGUUUCCCUGGACUGUGCACUCAGAAGUGAUGCAGUUUCUUACAGACUUUGUCACAAAAUCCUAGCGUGAAGCCGAGAGCAUCCCUGCCGUGUUCCCUCCACGGCAGGGGAUGGGGGACAGCACGCCCAGCCAAGCCGCCCCUUCUCUUGGCCAGGGGACUCCACUGCAGGCACCUGCAGCAUUUCCCCAGCUUCCUACUCACUCCCAGACCAUCUGCAAAGGGAGGCUUCAGCGCUGGCGCUGCCUUGUUUCGACAAGAUCACUCUGUACUUACAGAUGACUCUGCUCCCCCUUCAAAAACAAGCUGCUUUACGCCUACUUCUGUGUUGCCUCGGAUCUUCCUGGUAAGGCAUCUGUGCUCCUUGCCUCUCUGCCAUCCCAUGUACAACCAGACCUUUAGUGCUGGCUUUUUUUUUUUAAUAUAAAUUGAGGAGCCAUCUCCCAUAGGUGCCAUGGCUCCUGCCUGUACAUAGCCCUCCACUUGUGGCACGCCACGCUUUCGCAGAGCUUCGUAGCACGUUGAACGGGGGUGAUGUGACCAGAUUAUUUUUGUAGUCUAUGACUAUGUCCCUUAUCUCUUUCUCCACAAUUUUACUUAGUGAUAGGAAGGUGCUGCCCUCUCACCUUAUAUGUCAGGGCAGCCAGGAGCACAAAGUACAAGGAAAGGAAGCUUUUCAGCACAAAAUUGCCAGCAGUUUGGAAAACCAAAGAGGCUUAUCUGCUGCUCCAGAUAAUUCCUGCCAUUUUGGAUGCAAAGAGUUAACAAACGCAACCUCGGGAUCUUGUGUGAGUCUUUUACAGAGCUCCCCAAAGGGUGUGUAAUCGGUCUGCUGCAAAAAAAACAGUUGGAUCAAUGGUGAUAAGCGGUCCGAUCCCUGGAUUCAUAACCCAUGUGUGUGCAGGGCUGUGUUCAGCCUUUGGAGUGAAAUCUGUCAGCCUGACUGUCAGGGAUCGACGUGUUCCUGUCAGCUGGGAGACAUCUCACAGGCUCGCAGCUACAGAACUGGUUGAAAGGAAAGGGAAAAAGGGAAAGGGGAAAAGGGAAAGAGAAAGAGGAAAAAGGGAAAGGGGAAAGGAGUAGUAAUGGAAUAGUGAUUUUUUUUUUUUUUAAUGAUAAUUGCUUAUGUAUAACUUCUGUAGGGGAAAAGGGAAAAUUGCACUAUGAACUUUAGAAAGAAACAGUGGUGCUUAGAAAGUACAGGCUUAUUAUAUUUUCUCUAAUGAAGUGAAUGGCUAUUUAUAAAAAGAAAUAUUAUUUUGACCUGUACACAUUCAUUUCUACCGUAUAGUUUCAUAGCAGCUAUUAACAGGGCAGAGAAGCCUAAAAAAUAUUAAACUAAAGGGAAAGAAAAUGACAGAGCACUGAUCCUGUGGUUCGUUAAUGGGCAUCAUUAAAUAGAGCAGAUUUUGAGGACCAGAGACAAUAGACAUUUCUUGUUCAGGAAACAACUCUGGGUUUUGUAUAUCAAUGCCAUUAUUUUUCUACAAACUGGGGUAUUUUUUGCAAGCACUUUCCUGUACAGUGUUUCUUUUCUUUCUGCUUAUACUCAAAAGGAAAUGAAAGGACCCAUAAGACAUGUCUGUACGGUCUUGCUGCAUUUGCCAUCAUAUUUCAAUGGAUGUGCUAUUAUAGAGGCAAAAUACUUUGUACACAAGGGAAUAAUACAUU